ACGUAUAGCACAGACAUGCACUGCAAACUUUGGCUCGUUUUUUCAGUGUGGCUUUUGCUGCCAACCUCUGAAGCUGGAAGGCAGAUGCCUAAACUCUCUGACAAGAAGCUCUGCGCUGACGCAGAAUGCAGCCAUCCUAUCUUGAUAGCUCGUGCACUGCAGGACUACUACCCUGGAGAUUGUAGGUUCAUCCCCAUCAGACAGGGCCAGCUCAUCUAUGUCUACGCAAUGCUAAAGGACAGAGGGAAUCUCUUCUGGGCUGGCAGUGUACAAGACACCUAUUAUGGACAGCAGGAGGCUCGCAUUGGCCACUUCCCCAGCAGUGUGGUGGAGGAGACUCAUCCUCUAAUGGAGGCCAGCACUGAAGUCAAGACUACUAAUUGGGACUUCUACUGCAACUAAUACAGAGACAACACACUGCUUGUCAACUACAUUACAUUUUUGUGGUAUCAUAUGACAUUAAUGUGAUCUCACGCAUUGUAGACAAUAUAUAGGCUUACAUAUCCACACUGUUGAGUAGUUUAGUGCCUGAUAUAC